AUGUCUGUUUCGUUUACUCUCCCCAAAGAAUACGCGUUCGUCGCCGCCAGUGCUGUUGCUACAGGUAUCUUGACCGGGGUAUCGUUGUCAGUAACUGGAGAAAGAAAUCUGGCAUCAAAUACCCCCAAGGCAGUCUAUGCCGAAGUUUCUCAGGCAAAAGAAAACCAUAAUGCUCAUAUCUUCAACUGCGCCCAACGUGCUCAUGCAAACACUCUCGAGCACAUCUCCACAGUCCUUGUCGCGACCGCCGGCGGAAUGGGUGCUGCUUGGAUCUUAGGCCGUAUUCUUUACACUCAAGGUUACGUUUCAGGCAAUCCCAACGGGUUCUCUACGGCCUUGGCCUCUAUGCUAGCUGGGAGUUCUGGAAUGGAAGUUGUUUUUGAUAGCCGGGUCUACUCUUCGACUCUCGAGUAUUCUGCGAAGUGCGUGACCGUGGUCUCGAUCCUUGCCGUGUGCUACAAUUCAGCUCAGCCACCCAUAAAGAAAAUAGCGAGACAGUCGAACAUACGCGUCGCGGGGAGUCCCACGCGACCGUUAUCCAGAAGAUUCCAUGCCUGGCCCUUCGGCAUGCCAGUCUCGUGCCCAAAGGCCAUAUUUGCCAUUGUUAUGAUUCAAAGCCUAAAAUCUCUGAAACAGCCAAGAGCUGCGGAAGGGUACUACAAAUUCUAUUUUGACCCCGCCGACAAAGCAAGGAACAUGCGAGUCGGACGUUAUACUCUCUUUCUCCCGAAUUCGGUGACUGCCGUGUAUACGCGGCUCGCUCAUCCUUCCGAAGUUAGAACGCCGGCAACUACUUCAACCCAAUUGUCAACAGCCAUGCCCGUGACUAUCUCUCUUCCGGAGGAAUAUGGUGCCCCCGUCGCCGUCGCUUUAUCAACAACAUUUCUCGCUAUUGUGACCGGAAUCAAGCAUCCUCAAGGCUUUGCGGAGUUGCAACAGUGCAAAGAGGAUCCCAAUGCCUUGAAAUUCAACUGUGCACAAAGAGCCCAUGCCAACAUGCUUGAGAACCUCCCCAUGUUUCUAAUGGCAGUGGUCUAUGCUUGGGGUUAUGUCUCUGAUAAUCCUGAAAAUAGGGUUACAGGAUUUAAAGUCUCCAAUACGACAUUCUUGAUCAUGCUCGCAAUGGGCUUCUAUUCAGCUUGGGAGCUGUUCGUUGGAAAGUGGUAG